AGACUGACGAUAGGAACCGGCAAUCUGGACACCUCGAAACUGAACGUGAGGCCGACCUGGGGCGUUAGUUUCGGCCUACCGCAGACCGGUGGUGUCGGUCCGAUCGCGCCGCACCCUGGUAAUCCCCUGGGAGCCCCGGGGUACACGCCGGGCUACGGGCUGGUCGGCGGACAGGGCAUAAAUCUAGGCCCGGUCGCCGUGAAUCCGCUCGUGGCAGUGCAGGUCACGAAAGACGAGUACGGCGAGAAGGUCAUCAAGCCCUACGUGAACCUUCACGUGACGCCCAAUCCAGGACUCAUUCACAAGCUAGGCCACCUCCUGGCCUACAAGAAAUACGGGCUGUACGGUCAUUACGGCGGUCAUUACGACGGUCAUUCCGGUAUUUACGCUCCUCAUUAUCACACGCAUCACGAGAGACCGAUCUAUCAUUAUACGCCGAGACCGCCGUUCUAUCCGUCUCAUCACGAACCGAUCUACCACAAGCCUCACGGCGGAUACAAUCCCUCCUACUACAAGGACGAUAACGAUGAUUACGAUGACUACGAUUAUUCGAAUGAUUAUCAGGAUGAUUACUAUAGAAACGCUCGCGCGAGAAACGCGUCGGUGACGACGAGAGGUAGACAAUUCCCGACGAAGGCUUCACCGCAAGGAUCGCCGGCCGGCGAUGACGAACGACAGAGGAGCGGGAAGAUUAUCUUCUCGGACAGAAGGAGACGCGACACGACGUCGGCAUUUAGCAAAACGGCGUCGGAGAAGAGUCGAUUGAUCGAUCCUUUUCUAUCUCCGCAGAGACGAUACGGACGACCGCCAACUUGUGGUGCUCAUCACGUCUGCUGCCAGAAAUCGCACAUAAUAGGCGCACGCCCGCGACCUGGUCAAUGCGGAGUCAGAAACACACAGGGCAUCAACGGCCGUAUCAAGAACCCGGUCUACGUCGACGGGGACUCCGAAUUCGGCGAAUACCCGUGGCAGGUGGCCAUUCUGAAGAAGGAUACCACGGAAAGCGUCUACGUUUGCGGCGGUACCCUGAUCUCGCCCCGGCACAUCAUCACCGCCGCCCAUUGCGUCAAGACCCACGCCGGUCGUGAGCUUCGCGCGCGAUUAGGUGAAUGGGACGUGAAUCACGACGUCGAGUUUUACCCGUACAUCGAGCGCGACAUCGUCAGCGUCUUCGUGCACCCCGAGUUCUACGCCGGCACUCUUGCCAACGACAUCGCCAUUCUCAAGCUGGACCACGACGUCGAUUUCACGAAGAACCCUCACAUUAGCGCCGCCUGUCUGCCAGACAAACUCGACGACUUCACCGGAACAAGAUGCUGGACCACCGGAUGGGGCAAGGACGCCUUCGGCGACUACGGCAAGUACCAGAACAUACUGAAAGAGGUGGACGUACCUGUCGUCAGCAACCACGUUUGCGAGCAGCAGAUGAGGCGGACGCGGCUGGGUCCCAGUUUCAACCUGCAUCCGGGCUUCGUCUGCGCCGGCGGUGAGGAGGGCAAGGACGCCUGCAAGGGCGACGGCGGCGGCCCGAUGGUCUGCGAGCGCCACGGCCGCUGGCAGCUGACCGGCGUCGUCUCCUGGGGCAUCGGUUGCGGCCAGGUGAAUGUGCCCGGCGUCUACACCCGCGUCUCCUAUUAUCUCGACUGGAUCCGCCAGAUCUCGGUAGGAGGGAAAUUCGUGACGAUCCGAAUCGACGGUGAACCGCGCACGAUGCCGAUAAAGUUGAUCGGCCGCACGACGGACUUCAGGGGAAAGCCGCUGUGGGAGAUUCUGGGGAACUUGAAAAACUUCGGGGUCGGCAGGCUCGUGAUAAGGAAUCGCUUUCAGAGGUAUCCCGAGCCCUGCUACAUGAAGAUACUGAAGGUCGCCGGGAUGCCCUUGCCCGAGGAGCCCUACACGGACCGCAAGGUCAUGGUGCUAGUCGAGAGGGUCUUCCGUGGCCAGAGGAAUCCGAAGCCAGUGCAGCUGGACAGCACGACUUACAAGGCAGAUUACAUGCUGGUGCACAAAGAUCAGGAGCACCUGUUUCUUGACAACACGAAGGUGCCGGAGAUGAAAAUCCUCCCCAGGACGACAGAUCUCCCACCGCUCUUCUCACAGAUGAUGAUACAUCAGAUGAGUGCAAAAGGUGCCACGGCACCAGCAGAGCCGAAAUUAGCAUUGAAAUAUAACUUCAAGGGUGGGAGCCUUAAGAAUUACAGACUCGCCGAGGAAGGUGAAACCCCGACGGUGAAACUGAACUUUAGGGUGGACCAGUCUAGUGUACUUUUCCCAAAGCCCAAAGAAGAGACGGCAGCCUCGUGAGCUCUUACUUAUUUAAUAUGUUCGUAUAUAGUUGUUAAAAAUAAAUAUUUUAUAAAUUA